AUGGUGCCCAACCCGACGAGCGCCAUCACGCUUCCCAUCACUGUCAACCUGGUGUACACGGCUUGGCUGCGAGCACUGACGGCUCAGCCGGCGGCGCAGAUCAACGUCACCGUCGCUUACAUGGAAAGCCGUGAAAAUCCGGAUGCAUUGGACGUCACACUUUUAAACAUUUCAUCUUUGGACGACUGGGUGGCGGGUCUGUCAUUGACCUAUACGUCUGCCUUCUCCGUAUACUGCGUAUUUCCGCUGACCGAGCGGCUAAGCGGAGCCCGAGACGUGCAGCUCAUGACGGGCCUCUCGGGCGUCGACUACGUCUUCGCCCACUUUGUCUUCGACUUCAUCUACCACGUCCACUACAGCCUUUCGUGGUGCAUCAUCCAUUGCGGUUUCAGCUCCUGCUCGCUGAGCACAACCGGGAUCUACACCAUUCUGUGGCGUUUCUUCUGGAUUCCAGGUCCUAUGAUCAGCAUAAUGGUCAAGCCUGUUAUGCAUCUGACUAUGUCAGUUGUCCCGCACUAUGUGGCACUUAUCAUCCCUUCUUACACCGUGCAUUCCAUGUUCUUCAAGCUAUGGCGCAACGCAGAAGAGAUCAAGCAGUGCAAGCUGCUGGAGAAAGAUCGUGCCACCGAACAGGGUUACUCCCUCGGGAUCGAUUGCACCGGCGGUCUAGUGCAAUUCAAUUACAACGGAAUAGGCUUCGAGUUGGUGGCCGUAGUAGCCGAAGGCCUGCUCUUGAUGGCGCUCAUGAUCUUCCUGAUGUCCGGCUACUUGCUUUCGGGACACGCCCUCGCGAGCGACGAACGGCCCGGCGAACAAGACGUGGAGGAGGAGAAGACGAGAGUAAAAGCUGCGCGCCAGCAGGACGGGCUCGCAGGCUACUCGCUCCUAGCCUGGAAUCUGCACAAGCGGUUUGGCACGCUGCACGCAGUCCGUGGCAUAUACAUGGCGCUCCGGCCCUCAGAGUGUUUCGGCCUCCUCGGCGUGAAUGGGGCCGGCAAAACCACCACGUUUCAGAUGCUGGCCGGACUUAUCCGUGUCUCGGACGGGGACGCUGUCACCGCGGUGGCGAAACUCAGUGGAAACAUCCGCCAAUGGCAGUCACAGAUCAGCUACUGCUUCCAGCUCGGAGGCCUCCUGGACAAUAUGAACGCGUACCAGUACCUGUACCUGGUCGGUCGGCUGCGAGGCAUCCCUGAAAACGAAUUAAAACCCAUGGUGGACAGCAUCUUAUCCGUCGUCGAUCUCACAGAGCACGCCUCAAAAGAGUGCGGCAAGUACAGACGCAUCUUUCUGCUCGCGAAGUCUUCAUCGCUGCUAGGAAAUGGCCACAGUGGCCACAACGAACAGCAGCACGCAGCCAGGAGCCAGCGGGACCCACACAUUGUCGGCUGGGGAUACGAUCGACAUCGAUGGAGUGACUUACGUGCACCCAAUGUUUGUCAAAAGCUGGGUGGACGAUGUCAAGGCGUGGCCAAGUGUGUCUAG